UAGAAUUCCACUAUGAAGUGAUGAAAUAAAAAUGAGAUUUAAUAAAAAUUAGAUUAUGGCUAACAAUAAAGUACUUGAUACAAGUUUCCUUUGACUUGGGACCUGUCAGCUAAAUUUACUUGCACCUAUAUACUGAUAUUCACAUUGAAACCUGAACUCAUUAGCUAUCUCUCCAAACAUUAUUUCGUUAUCGUCGGAGCUAGUGAGUUCAAAUACAAGCCUUUAUAAACAAAGAAUUUUUAUUUUAAAAUUGAUUACUCUUGAUGUAUCAUAAACAAACUAUACAUAUUCCACUACUAAUUCUUAUUUUAUUUCUAAGAUUACAGAUCAAACAUCGUGUUUAGACACCUUUGACCUACAAAGCUUCACAAAUCAGAUAUUUUGAAAGUAAACAAACUACGUAUUCUGAAAUUGAUGUGGCAUUUUUUAGGUUCUUACUCUAAGAAACAGGUUCGUAAACUUGUGACCAGUGCAAGUCAACAUAUUAAUAGUUCACAAAUGUUGAGGUUAUCUAGCAUUUUCUCUAUAUUAGCUCAACGUCAUAAAAAUGUUAUCACAGCUGGUGAUAUACUGCUCGUUAUGAGAGCAUUAGGUGAUGCAUUAACAGAAGCUGAACUACAAGAUUUGAUCUUUGAGUUAGAUGUUGAUCGAGAUGGGAAAUUAGAUUUUUCAGAACUGUGCGCUUUUGUUGUUGAACGAAUAUACAAGAAGAAAUUAGACCAUGAUUUUGAAGAAUUAUUUCGAAUACUAGAUCAAGAUGGUGAUGGAACACUGUCAAAAGAUGAUUUACGCAGUAUUUUACGCUAUUUUGAACUGGACUUCAGCGAUGAAAUAAUUGAUGAUAUUGUGAAAGAAAUUACUGGGUCUGAAAAUAACCUUAUUACCUAUUCAGAUUUGUUUAAGUUUAUCAUAGAUUCAGACAAGGAGUUUACUAUUACUGAAAUCUUGAACAAUCCUUUAUAAUAUAUGAAGAGAUAAUUAAACUCCAACUUCGUCAAGAAUUCUUAUUUAUUUGACUUAAUAGAUCGUACUCAAAGGAUUCCAUUAAUAAAUGAUGAAUUGUGUUGGAUUUUCAUUUCUUACAGAAUCUUGUUUCCUAGUUUUAGUAACAAGUAAAUUGAUUUAAAUGUUUGUCUCAG